AUGCGCGCGUCCUUACAAUUCCGCCAGGGCGACGGCUCGCACCACUCGCCGUGCGGUCCGCUCUUCCGCCUUAAACUGCCCGUGUCGCUGCUAGGCCUUCCGCUUCCGCUCUUCUCCGGCUGUUCUCUCGGCUCCGCGCCUUCCGACGUCUCUCUCUCCCUCGGUACCGCCUUCACCGCCGGUCCCUCCCUCCGCCUCACCUACCGCCCCAUCCGCGCACCCGCCCUCUCCGCCGCCCCUCGGGAUGAUUCUACGGAUGCUGCCGCCGGGGAUUCCGGCGGAAAUUCCGCGUCGCUCCAUCUUGUGCUGAAGGCGGGGCUCGGCCGGCUCGGGUCGUCCCGCGAUGCGUCUUUGUCGGUAGCUGCGGAGCUCGAGUUUUGUCCUUCCGCCAUUACCGCGGGCGGAGCGCCAUCCAGUGGAGUCGGGGGAAGCGGCUUCCGCGUCCCCCUGCGCGCGCAUAUCCGCUUCAAGGCCGAGCCGCGAGUAGGAGACCUCUCGGGCCCAGCUGCUGCUGCUGCUGCUGCUGCUGCUUCGUCACCCUCCGGGAAAAACAGCGGGAGCAGCAGUGAGGGAGUGGUGGCGGGAGGAGCAAGCGACAGCCCCCCAGGAGAAGGCACAGGAGGAGGCGUGGGCAUGGCACAGCUUGCUCUUUCUUCCUCUGCAGCAGUCCCAGCAGCUCGCGUGCUGUCUCAGCGUCUCACUCUCUCCCCCAGCCCCCCUCACUCCCCUACAGCUGCUGCAGCAGCGGCUGCUGCCACAGCAGCGGCAGCUGCAGCCGUGGCAGCAGUAGCAGCAUCAGGGCAGCAUGUGACGUGGCAGUGGUCUGCCGCUGACGUGGCAAACGCUGUGAGGAUCGCAGGGUGGGGAAUCGGCGUACGCAGCAGCGUGCCACUUGGCACUCACGGAGUGGCAUCUCUCCGCUGGCGUCUCACCCUCCCCCACUCCACCCCCUCUCCCUCCUCCCCUCCACCUCCUCCUCCUGCUCUAAAUCCCCCAGCCGGAUCUCCCAACACCAACACUCGAAGCAGCAGCAGCAGCGGCUGGCUCUCGUCUGCCCAUGCACCAACCCUGCACCUGGAUAAGAUCAGUGUGGACGUGCGUACUGGCGCCUUCCGCUUCAUCCCUGCUUGCUGGGCCAUGCACGAACCACAACCACCCCUUCCAGACUCUCUACCUCAGCCCCUCCCGGCGGCUGCUACCACAGGCGCUGGCAUCACCACCACCCGCCCGCCCAGCCUGCCCACACCCACCACUCUCGUUCUGCCAGGUGUCGGGCCUCGGCUGCUUCUCAUGCCAUCUGGACCCCUUGGUCUCCGGCCUGUGCUGGUGCCGCCAGGUGGCAGCCCGAGAAUGGCUGGCAGGGGCCAGGGGGGAGGGGCGGGAGGUGCGGGCGAGCAAGGGGAAGUGUCGCGGCUUAGGAGUGAGCUGGUGGGGGUGAGGGCAGAGGGGCAGCGGCUGAGGCAGCAGGUGGAUGAACUCAGGGCGGCAGUGUGCAAGGGCGGUGCAGGGGAGGGCGGUAAGGCAGGCGGUGUGGGGGAAACGAAGGGGAAGGGAGGGAAGGAGGGUGGGGCUGGCGCGACUGCAGCUGCAGGGCGGGCAGAGGCAGGCAAGGGUGGUGGCAGUGCUGCUGCUGCUGGCAGUGGGGGCGGCGGCAAGGAUGGUAAAGCAGCAGCGCCUGCACCAAGUGCUGCUGGCGCGGCCCCUGCAGGGGUGGGGGCUGGCAGUAAGGCGCAGAGCGGGGGCAGUGGUGGUUCUGAGAAGGAGAAGCAAGGUGGAGGGCUCUUUGGCAGGUGGAGGGGCAGAGGAGACAAGAAAGAGGAGAAGAAGGAGAAAUCAGGUACUACCAGCAGUGGCAGUAGCAGCAGCAGUGGUGGUGGUGGUCCUGGUGCAGGAGGUGCGGCAGGCAGUGGCAGCAGUGUGCCUGUGGCGAGCAAGGCCGGGCCUGCUAGCAGCGCAGCGGCAGGUGCUGCUGCCGGCCCUGAGGGGUUGGGACGCCCAGGCAUUGUAAGGGGUUCCGGUGCAGGCGCAAGUGUGGGAGUGGACAUUCCAGUGAGUGCGAGCAGAGCUGAUCUCACUGCUGUGCGGAAUUCUCCUGCUCAUGGGCAUGGACAAGGGUACGGGCAUGGCCAUGGGCAUAGCACUCUCUUGCAUGGUCCAGGGGCAACCGUGGAGGGGCAUGGGCCAGCAGUGGGGAAAGGAUCAGUGGCAGGUCAGGGGGCAUUGGGUGCUAGUGCUGGUGCUGUUGCUGCUCAGCUGGAGCUGGAAGAGGGGCUUAGGCAGGCGAUUCUGCAGGCACGAGCAGGGGCUGCAUAG